AUGCCAUCUAAGGGACAGGAGUCGGCAGAAUCCUUCUACACCUAUGAUUUCUGUGACCUAACCCAUCCCAUUGAGGUUCUAGAAGCCCUCAGAGAAUACUACACAGAAGGCCUGUUCACUGACAUAGCUCUGCAGUGCGCUACAGGGCAGGCCUUCCACUGCCAUAAAGUGGCUCUAUGCUCCCGGAGCUCCUACUUCAGAGCCAUGUUCACAGCAGAUAUGAGAGAGAGGUCCCACAGUGUCAUCAGACUACCUGGGGUAGAUGUGGAGGUGCUGACGUCUUUGGUGGAUUACAUUUACACCUCCAAGGUAGGCUACACCUCUGAGUCCAUACAUGUUUUUUUAUGAGUGACUAUGUGUCCGUUAUAUGAAUGUAAUAGCCUAAUAUUAUACUUGAAUCGUCUAUGAUUGCUUAUGGUGUGUCGAAACUCAUUGAGUUAUCUUCAAUGUUGUUUUUACUUUGUAGCAUGUUUUGUCAAAUGUUUUAAUAUUGAGAUGUUCACAUUUCACCUUUUACUGCAGUGGGCUAAAUCAGGGUCACAGAGGGAUUCUUGGUAGUCUUAAACAAAUCUACUUUGAAACAAAAGUAUACACCUCACACACAUGGUUAUGGGCUUAAAAGAAAGAAGACACUUGUACCAUGUCAGAUAUAGAGUUGAAAUGUAUUCCAUUUUGAGUUUGCAUCCCAAUAUUACACUUUAUAUACACCACAGAAUACUGAAAUAUAACAAAACUGUUUGACAUAGAAACACCAGAUUUUUGUCUGUUCUUUUUUAGAUAAUUUUUAUUAAUUAUGAAAUAAUUAAAAAUAUUUAUAACAUACAACCCAUGAGGCCAAAGAGGGCGCUGUUGGUCAUUGACUGCAGGAAAGCGCUACAUAAUACCCUACAUGACCAAAAGUAUGUGGACACCUGCUCGUUGAACAGCUCAUUCCAAAAUCAUGGGCAUUAAUAUGGAGUUGGUCCCCCCUUUGCUGCUAUAACAGCCUCCACUCUUCUGGGAAGGCUUUCCACUAGAUGUUGGAACAUUGCUGCGGGGACUUGCUUCCAUUCUGCCACAAGAUAAUUAGUGAGGUCGGGCACUGAUGUUGGGCGAUUAGGCCUGGCUCGCAGUAGGCAUUCCAAUUCAUCCCAAAGGUGUUCAAUGGGGUUGAGGUCAGGGCUCUGUGCAGGCCAGUCAAGUUUUUCCACACCGAUCUCGACAAACCAUUUCUGUAUGGACCUUGCUUUGAGCACGGGGGCAUUGUCAUGCUGAAACAGGAAAGGACCUUCCCCAAACUGUUGCCACAAAGUUGGAAGCACAGAAUCAUCUAGAAUGUUAUUGUAUGCUGUAGCGUUAAGAUUUCCCUUCACUGGAACUAAUGGGCCUAGCCCAAAUCAUGAAAAACAGCCCCAGACCAUGAUUCCUGCUCUACUAAACUUUACAGUUGGCACUGUGCAUUGGAGCAGGUAGCGUUCUCUUGGCAUCCGCCAAACUCAGAUUCGUCCAUUGGACUGCCAGAUGGUGAAGCGUGAUUCAUCACUCCAGAGAACGCGUUUCCAUUGCUCCAGAGUCCAAUGGCGGCGAGCUUUACACCACUCCAGCCGACACUUGCGCAUUGGUGGUCUUAGGCUUGUGUGCGGCUGCUCGGCCAUGGAAACCCAUUUCAUGAAGCUCCUGAUGAAUAGUUCUUGUGCUGAAGUUGCUUCCAGAGGCAAUUUGGAACACGGUAGUGAGUGUUGCAACCGAGGACAGACAAUUUUUAUGAGCUACGCGCUUCAACACUCGCCGGUCCCAUUCUGUGAGCUUGUGUGGCCUACCACUUCACGGCUGAGCCGUUGUUGCUCCUAGACGUUUCCACUUCACAAUAACAGCACUUACUGUUGACCAGGGCAACUCUAGCAGGGCAGAAAUUUGACAAACUGCCUGUUUGGAAAGGUGGCUUCCUAUGACGGUGCCACAUUGAAAGUUACUGAGCUCUUCAGUAAGGCCAUUCUACUGCCAAUGUUUGUCUAUGGAGAUUGCAUGGAUGUGUGCUCAAUUUUGUACACUUGUCAGCAACGGCUGUGGCUGAAAUACCCGAAUCCACUAAUUUCAUACUUUUGUAUAUAUAGUGUAUGUUAUUUCCUGCGUCCCAAAUGGCACCCUAUUCCCAUACAGUGCAAUAUGGGCCCUAUGGGCACUGGUCAAAAGUAGUGCACAAUAGGGUGCUAUUUGGGACGCAACUCUAAACUCUCCCCCUCCCAGGUCUCCAUUACCCAGUGGAAUGUGGAGUCUCUGCUGGAGGCUGCAGACUUGCUGCAGUUCGGAGCCGUGAAAACGGCCUGUGAGAACUUCCUGGUUCGUCUCCUCGACGUCGACAACUGUCUGGGCAUGCUCAGUUUCGCCCAGCUCCAUGUGUGUCUGUCCCUGGAGAAGGAGGCACGCAGGGUGCUGCUCUGCCGCUUCCAGGAGGUAGAGGUUCAGGUUUAGGUUUUGACUUCUUCCUACAUCCUGGUACAUAUUCAGAAACACAUCAAAUAUGAUGCCAUUUAAUAUAUAAAAAAAACUCAGCAGAUAGGCAUUCCACUAAAUCAAUAGAUAGGUGUAUUAAAUGUCUUUAGUGAUUUGGUCGUUUUCGUAGGUGGUGAGAGAGGAGGAGUUCCAGGAGAUGGGGGUGGAGAAGGUGAAGAGCCUCCUGCAGGAGGAGAACCUGGCCGGGGUGUUGAAAGAGGAGGUGCUGGUGGAGGGGGUGGUGAGGUGGCUGGCCCACGAUACUCUUGCCCGCACGGGACACUUCCAGGAGCUUCUUCACGCCGUCCACUUACACCUGAAUGAAGAGUACCUCAGGACUGCCUUGGAGCUUCAUAAAGAGUGUCUGGAGAUGAACACUGAAGACAUCCACUCUCUAUUUGUUCAAGCUCUGAAGCCUGCUUUUAAUAUGAAUAAAAGCCCUUCGGGACACUGCAGAAGGAGCAGGAGACUGACCUCCAGGAUGUUUGUGAUAGGAGGGUACUACUGGCACCCUCUGUCUGAGGUCCAGACCUGGGACCCGGUCACGGACCAGUGGCAGCAGGGGGAGGAUAUGCCAGACCACACCAGGGAGAGCUAUGGAGUCACCCUCCUGGGCUCAAACAUCUACAUUAGCGGCGGCUACAGGACAGACACUACAGAGGCUCUGGAUACAGUGUGGGUUUACAGCAGUGAUAGUGAUACGUGGACACAGGGACAGCCCAUGCUGGCAUCGAGGUACUACCACUGUUCUGUGGCUCUGCAUGGGUGUGUCUACGUCAUGGGUGGGUACAGAGGAGGGGCGCCCAUGGGGGAAACGGAAUUCUAUGACCCCCUGAAAAGGAAGUGGAUUCCCGUAGCUAAUAUGGUACAAGGUAGGUUGGCCUGUGAAGGUUUGGAAUAUGACACAGUUGCGUAACUUGACCAGUUGAUCCUUUGUUGUUAGUUUUGUCAUACAGUAAAUGUUUUUGUUUACUGCUGGAGUUUCAUGGUAGUUUUAAUGUUGGAAGCCUUUUAGUGACAAUUAUUUCUUCCUUCCAUCCUCCCUUCCUCCUUCCUUCCCUCCUUCCUUCCCUCCUUCCUUCCUUCCCUUGUCACAGGUGUGGGGAACGCUACGGCCUGUGUUCUGAGAGACACCGUAUAUGUGGCCGGUGGUCACUAUGGUUACAAAGGAAGCUGCACCUAUGAUAAGAUUCAGACCUACAGGGCAGACGUCAAUGAAUGGAGUAUAGCAACGACCUGUCCUCAUCCAGGUAGUACAACACAACUCUGUUAUAUCAGCCCUGGCUAUAUAGAGGUACAGAGACACAACUCUGUUAUAUCAGCCCUGGCUAUAUAGAGGUACAGAGACACAACUCUGUUAUAUCAGCCCUGGCUAUAUAGAGGUACAGAGACACAACUCUGUUAUAUCAGCCCUGGCUAUAUAGAGGUACAGAGACACAACUCUGUUAUAUCAGCCCUGGCUAUAUAGAGGUACAGAGACACAACUCUGUUAUAUCAGCCCUGGCCAUAUAGAGGUACAGAGACACAACUCUGUUAUAUCAGCCCUGGCUAUAUAGAGCUAUAGAGACACAACUCUGUUAUAUCAGCCCUGGCCAUAUAGAGGUACAGAGACACAACUCUGUUAUAUCAGCCCUGGCUAUAUAGAGGUACAGAGACACAACUCUGUUAUAUCAGCCCUGGCCAUAUAGAGGUACAGAGACACAACUCUGUUAUAUCAGCCCUGGCUAUAUAGAGGUACAGAGACACAACUCUGUUAUAUCAGCCCUGGCUAUAUAGAGGUACAGAGACACAACUCUGUUAUAUCAGCCCUGGCUAUAUAGAGCUAUAGAGACACAACUCUGUUAUAUCAGCCCUGGCUAUAUAGAGGUACAUAGAGAAAAUGGGACAGUGCAUUAAAAGCCAGAGGUUCUGGGGCAGCUCACCCACAUGAGGAACUCUGAUAAUAACUCACUUACCCCAGGCUUGAAGGGAUUAUGAAAAACAAUUAGGUAUGUUGUAGCGCAGCAUUCAGACUUUACAAAAAUGUGAAUGCAGAGAUGUCUACUCUCUUGAAGCAAAAAGUGAAAUCAUAGGAUGCACACACCUUAUAAAGUGAUGCACAUAAGUAGUUGUCGUCCUUCCUGUAUUUGAGCAAAGAUCAUUUAUGUGACCUCUGUACAUCAGUACUAAAUCCAUGAGUGAAUCUGUCUUCGCCAUCCCUUCUAUAGAGUACGGCCUGUGCCUGGUGUCAAUGCACCACAAGCUGUACCUGGUGGGGGGUCAGACCACCAUCACAGACUGUUACGAACCGGACAGAGAUAAGUGGAGCCAGCUGGCCAGGACCAAGGAGAGGAGGAUGGAGUGUGGCGCCGUGGCCAUGAACGGGUCCCUGUACGUCACCGGAGGCUACUCCUACUCCAAGGGCACCUACCUGCAGAGCGUGGAGAGGUACGACCCCAAACAGGACACCUGGGAGAUCGUGGGGAAUUUACCUGGAGCGGCGCGGUCACAUGGAUGUGUGUGUGUUUAUGGUGUUUAGAGGCAGAGUCUGGCGUCAGUUUCAGGCUGUCUUUAUUGCUGUUGUGCUGCACUGCACAUCUC